GAGGCGAAUAAUAUAUUUUGAUCAGGCACGUUUGGGGACGCCAAAUUCAGGGGUCCUAUUAUUGAAAACUAUCAAGCGCCGUCAUUUACAGACUAAACUUAUGAAUAUUAACACAAGCACAUGAGUAGCAGUAUGCCUGCUGAGCGUAAGAAGUCCGUCAACAUGGAGGAGAGAGAGACGGGCUCCGUCAGCAACAAGGACAGAGACGCAGACAGACCGGCCGCCACGUCUCGUGACAAGAGCAAAGACGAGACCAAGAUGAGCGGGAAGAAGGACGGAGGCAAGACGGCGGACGAUAAGAAGAGACGGGCUGAGGAGGACAAGAGGAAGAAGGAGGAGAAGGAGCGAAAGAAGAAAGAGGAGGAGAAGCAGAGGGCAGAGGAGGAGCAGAAGAAGAAAGAGGAGGAGGAGAAGAGACAGCAGGAGGAGCAGGAGAAGAAGCUCCUGGAGGAGGAGGCCAGGCGACAGAAAGAGGAAGAGGCUGCACAGCUCAAGGAAAAGGAGGAGUCCGAGCAGCUUCAGCAGGAGGCGUGGGAGCGUCACCACAGCAGGAAGGAGCUGCGAGCGAAGAACCAGCACGUGCAGGAGACGCGUCCCGAGGAGGCCUUCUUCAGCCGCCUGGACUCCAGCCUGAAGAAGAACACGGCGUUCGUCAAGAAGCUCCGCACGCUCACGGAGCAGCAGCGCGGCUCGCUGUCGCAGGACUUCGACUCUCUCAACCUCAGCAAGUACAUCGGCGAGGCCGUGAGCUCCAUGGUGGAGGCCAAGCUGAAGAUCUCAGACGUGGGCUGCGCCGUGCAUCUCUGCUCCCUGUUCCACCAGCGCUACGUCGAUUUCGCACCGCUUCUCCUCGCCGCCUGGAAGAGGCACUUCGAGGCCAGGAAGGAGGAGAAGUCGCCCAACGUGAGCAAACUGCGGACCGACCUGCGCUUCAUCGCCGAGCUCACCAUCGUGGGUCUGUUCACGGAUAAAGAAGGGCUCUCGCUCAUCUACGAGCAGCUGAAGAACAUCAUCAGCACCGACCGAGAGACGCACACUCAUGUUUCCGUCAUCAUCAGCUUCUGCAAGCACUGCGGAGACGAUAUCGCCGGGCUGGUGCCGCGGAAGGUCAAGAACGCGGUGGAGAAGUUCGGCUUGUCCUUCCCUCCCAGUCAGAUCAUUAAUGCGGAGAAACAGCAGCCGUUCCAGAACCUGCUGAGAGAAUAUUUCACCUCCCUCACCAAACACCUGAAGAAAGACCACCGAGAGCUGCAGAACAUCGAGAGACAGAACAGGCGUAUCCUGCACUCUAAAGGAGAGCUCAGCGAGGACAGACAUAAGCAGUAUGAGGAGUUUGCCACCUCCUAUCAGAAGCUGCUGGCAAACACGCAAACGCUGGCCGAUCUGCUGGACGAGAACAUGCCUGAACUUCCUCAGGACAAAACCAUCCAGGAAGAACACGGUCCAGGCAUCGAUAUCUUUACGCCGGGGAAGCCGGGAGAGUACGAUCUGGAUGGAGGGAUCUGGGAGGACGAGGACGCGCGGAACUUCUACGAGAACAUGGUGGAUCUGAAGGCGUUUGUACCUGCGAUCCUCUUCAAGGACAACGAGAAGGGCAGCCAAACCAGCAAAGAAGGACGAGAGGGAAACAGCACUGAGGAGUUGGAGAUGGAGUUGGAAGUGCUGGACAUCACUGAUGACCCGAUAGAUCUGGACACAGCUGACGAGACUGAAAGUGAAGAACUGGCCAAAAAGAUACUGGACGAGCAAGAGCAGGAGGAUGAGGAGGCCAGCACCGGCUCUCAUCUUAAACUCAUCGUGGACGCUUUCAUCCAGCAGCUCCCAAACUGCAUCAACAGAGACCUGAUUGACAAGGCUGCUAUGGACUUCUGUAUGAACAUGAACACCAAGUCCAAUCGCAGGAAGUUGGUUCGAGCUCUUUUCACGGUGCCCAGACAGAGGCUGGAUCUGUUGCCGUUCUACGCUCGUCUGGUGGCCACUCUGCACCCGUGUAUGUCUGAUGUAGCUGAUGACCUCUGCUCAAUGCUCAAAGGAGAUUUCAGAUUUCAUAUCAGAAAGAAGGACCAAAUCAACAUUGAGACCAAGAAUAAGACGGUAAGGUUCAUCGGGGAGUUGGCCAAGUUCAAGAUGUUUUCCAAAACGGACACACUGCACUGCCUCAAGAUGCUGCUGUCUGAUUUCUCUCACCAUCAUAUCGAGAUGGCCUGCACACUGCUGGAGACGUGUGGACGCUUUCUCUUCCGCUCACCAGAAUCUCACCUGCGCACGAGCGUCUUACUGGAGCAAAUGAUGCGUAAGAAACAGGCUCAGCAUCUGGACGUGCGUUACGUGACAAUGGUGGAGAACGCCUAUUACUACUGCAACCCGCCGCCGAUGGAGAAGACGGUCCGCAGGAAGAGGCCGCCGCUGCAGGAGUACAUCCGCAAACUCCUCUACAAAGACCUGUCCAAGGUCACCACUGAGAAGGUGUUGAGGCAGAUGAGGAAGGUGCCCUGGCAAGAUCCUGAAGUGAAGAGUUACCUGAUCUGCUGUAUGAUCAACAUCUGGAACGUCAAGUACAACAGCAUCCACUGCGUGGCCAACCUGCUGGCCGGACUGGUGGCGUAUCAGGAGGACGUGGGCAUUCAUGUGGUGGACGGCGUGCUGGAGGACAUCCGCCUCGGCAUGGAGGUGAACCAGCCCAAGUUUAACCAGCGGAGGAUCAGCAGCGCUAAGUUUCUGGGUGAGCUGUAUAACUACCGUAUGGUGGAGUCUGCCGUUAUCUUCCGCACGCUCUUCUCCUUCACCUCGUUCGGCGUGAACACAGACGGCUCUCCCAGCCCGCUGGACCCCCCCGAGCACCUGUUCCGCAUCCGCUUGGUCUGCACCCUGCUGGACACCUGCGGACAGUACUUCGACCGCGGCUCCAGCAAGAAGAAGCUCGACUGCUUCCUCAUUUACUUCCAGAGGUACGUCUGGUGGAAGAAGAGUCUGGAUGUGUGGACUAAAGAUCAGCCGUUCCCCAUCGACAUCGAGUACAUGAUCACAGACACGCUGGAGAUGCUGCGGCCCAAAAUGAAGCUGUGCUCGUCUCUGGAUGAGGCCUGUGCUCAAGUCACACAGCUAGAGAGAGAGUUCCUCGUCAAACUCGGCCUGGAGAAAGACGGCCGCUCCUCCAGCGCCAUGGGCGAGAACGAGCCUCUGGAUGAGGAGGAUGAUGAUGAUGAAGACGAGGGAGGAGCGGAGACCGAGGAGCAGUCUGGAAACGAGAGCGAGAUGAAUGAACCCGAGGAGGAGGAGGGCUCAGACAACGAGGAAGAGGAGCGUGAGGAGGAAGAGGAGAACACCGACUAUCUGACCGACUCCAACAAAGAGAACGAAACGGAUGAGGAGAAUAACGAGGUCACUAUCCGCGGCGGAGGACUCAAACACGUGGCGUGUGCCGAGGACGAGGACUUCAUCCAGGCGCUGGACAAAAUGAUGCUGGAAAACCUGCAGCAGCGCAGUGGAGAGGCAGUGAAGGUGCAUCAGCUGGAUGUGGCCAUACCCCUGCAGUUAAAGAGCCAGCUGAAGAAAAGCCCCGCCCCCUCCUGCACCGCAGACGCAGACGCAGACAUUAGCGACACCAUGCAGUUCGUCAUGCUCACGCGCAAGGGCAACAAACAGCAGUUUAAGAUCCUGAACGUGCCGCUGUCGUCUCAUCUGGCGGCGAAUCACUUCAACCAGCAGCAGGCGGAGCAGGAGGAGCGCAUGCGCAUGAAGAAGCUGACGCUGGACAUCAACGAGCGGCAGGAGCAGGAGGACUAUCAGGAGAUGAUGCAGUCGCUCGCUCAGAGACCCGCUCCCGCAAACACCAACAGAGAGCGCAGGCCACGCUACCAGCACCCCAAAGGAGCGCCCAACGCAGACCUCAUCUUCAAGACCGGCGGCAGGAGACGCUGAUGAUGUCAGACUGAGCAAACGACGAGUCAAAGACAGCAAGAGAGACAUGGAGAGAUGGACAGCGGUGCUGCUCUGGGACGGAGACACACCCACCUGACUGCAGCGUCACCACGGCAACCAGACGAGCCGCAUCAGCUGGUGGACACGGAUGGGAACGCGCGCACACACACACACACACACACACAUAUAUAUAUGCGAGACUGAAAUGUCUCUGCAUUGACACACACACACACACAAUGCGGAGGUGGUUUUAUUGUGUCAGGUACAGUUUGAUGGUUCGAUAGCGAGCGAACCGAGACUCUAACGGAGGAAAACUCAGUGUUUUUGUUCUUCAGACAAACUUUGGGACGUGUUCUGUUCUUUCUCCUGCUGUUUAUUCUCUUUAACCUCAGCCGGUCCGCAGCGACCGAUCCUGAGUGAGACGUGCAUGGGCUGAACGCAGCUGUAAACCUGUUCGCUGUUGCAGUAAAGUGACUUCCUGUGACCGUGAGAAUGUCUCUCUUUGUGUCUGUGCUCUCAAACACACUCACCAGCUUGUUUUACAGCCGUCGCGAGUCGCUAACUAGUGCAGCUGAUCAGAAUGCAGUCGAACCGGACGCCUGUGGGUGAACAGGUAAGAUCUAACCGAGGUUUCUGGUGAUACGCUUGAGCCGAACGACACCAGGAAACGGGAACAUCUGUUUCAAGCAUCUUUAAAGUCACAAAUUUGAUGAAGAACUUAAAUCGCCAACGGAGGUUUGUUUCAGUACUAGAUUUGCAGCUCAUUCUGUCCAGACACAUUAUUAAAACUCAUAAAACCACAACAUGAUUAAAUUCAGGUUGACAAAAUAAUGUACUUUAAAUAUUACUGUAAUGAGACAUUAGGGAUUUAAUUGUCAUUAAAAAUAUUUUUCAAUGCAAAAAAGUAUUUUCUUCCUAAAUUUCUUAAUGCAUAGAUUUUGUGAGAUCCACCUUUCUGCAGUUUUUCAUUUAGUUCUCUGUUCUGUGUUUUUUGUUUGUAUUGUGCUUUGAAUUUGUGAUUUUUU